UUCUCUCCUAAUUCCGUUUUUCUCAGGGACUUUCACCUAAGGAGAGAAUAUGGCCUCCCGGUCUUCCCGCAUCAGUUGCAAGAGUGGAACCAAGAACUUCAGUUCUUGUUCAGCUGUGGUGCCUAGGCUUGGAGCUAGGGCAGGGGGUACUCCCCUCUCCUACCGAGGGGGAAGCCCUGGGGGCCUGGGCUACAGGAAACUUGGGAGCUUUAGCAGUCGGAGCCUGGGCGUUGUGGGGUCCCCUCAAAUUUCUGUAGGCUACGGACGCCCUCUGCUCAGUGGGGGCAGCUUUGGCUAUCGAGUUGGAGGCCUGUGUGGACCCAGUCCCCCCUGUAUCACAACUGUUACCAUCAAUGAGAGCCUUCUGACCCCACUUAACUUGGACAUCGACCCCAAUGCCCAAUGCGUGAAGCAUGAGGAGAAAGAGCAGAUCAAGUGUCUUAACAACAAAUUUGCUGCCUUCAUUGAUAAGGUCCGGUUCUUGGAGCAGCAGAACAAACUGCUGGAGACCAAAUGGAACUUCUACCAGAAUCAGAGGUGCUGCCAGAGCAACAUGGAACCCCUGUUCAAUGGCUACAUAGAGACCCUGAAGCGGGAACUUGAGGUUGUUGAGACCGACAGUGGACGUCUUUCCUCUGAGCUAAACCACAUGCAGGAGGUGCUGGAGGGCUACAAGAAGAAGUAUGAAGAUGAGGUAGGCCUCCGAGCUACAGCUGAAAAUGAGUUUGUGGUCCUGAAGAAGGACGUAGACAGCGCUUACCUCCGGAGGGCAGACCUGGAAGCAAACACCGAAGCCCUGAUGGAGGAGAUUAACUUCCUUCAAGCCCUGUAUGAGGAGGAGAUUCGGAUACUCCAGUCACAAAUCUCAGACACUUCCGUCGUGGUGAAGAUGGACAACAGCCGGGAGCUCAACAUGGACUCUGUUGUUGCUGAGAUCAAGGCUCAGUACGAUGACAUCGCCAGCCGUAGCCGGGCUGAGGCCGAGUCUUGCUAUCGCAGUAAGUGUGAGGAGAUGAAGGCCACUGUGACCCGCCAGGGAGAGAAUCUCCGGAGAAGCAAGGAAGAGAUCAAUGAGCUCAACCGAAUGAUUCAGAGGCUGACAGCAGAGGUGCAGAAUGCCAAGCAGCAGCGCUGCAAGCUGGAGGCUGCGGUGUCAGAGGCGGAGCAGCAGGGUGAGGCAGCUCUGAACGAUGCCAAAUGCAAGCUGGCGGAGCUGGAGGAGGCGUUGCAGAAGGCCAAGCAGGACAUGGCGUGUCAGCUGCGGGAGUACCAGGAGCUGAUGAAUGUCAAAUUGGGGCUGGAUGUGGAAAUUGCCACCUACAGGAAGCUGCUGGAAGGAGAGGAGAGCAGGUUGUGUGAGGGUGUUGGCUCAGUCAACAUAUGUGUGAGCCGUUCCCAGGGAGGCGUGGUCUGUGGAGAUCUUUACCCCACCGUCGUCUCUCGAGGGACGGGAUCUGUGGGGGUCAGCACCGGUGCUGGUGGGAUCUGCUCCCCAUCAGGGGGAGUUGGCUGUUCUAGCGCGAGAUCCGUCAGGUUUGCGUAGAGAGGGGCCUGAUUCAGACAGAAGGGGCUUGAAGAAAAGAGGACUUUGAUUCUUUCGGGUCAGAGCAUCUGUUUCAUAAAGCCCCCACCCCCAGCCAAGGACCCUCAGCACAGCGGAAAGAGCCCUGUCUUACUACCGGUGAGAGUUUGGGCAAGUCACUUAUAGCUAGCAUUUAAAUCACUUCACCUCCUUGGCUAUUAGUUUCCUCAUCUGUAAAAGGAGGGGGUGGAACUCAAUGGCCUUUGAGAUAGGAAGAGAUUUUCUCAUGGUCAGGAAAUAUAACUAGGACGCCAUGUCUAGUGUCCAUCCCACCAUACCAGGUUGAAGAUAUAUUUAGAAACAGUUUCUGGCCAUUGCUUCUCUAUUUGCUUGCACGAAGAGGCCUCUAUAUUCAUCUCACAGAUCAAUUUGGAAUCUAGGAUUUUAAAAAUGACUUACCCUUUCCCUCUUCCCCACCACUGACAGAAUGGAAGGCAUCCAACUCUAAGUAUACAGGGAGUAAUACUUUCUUUUUAUCCAUUGACAAAUGCAGCAGUGGCUCAAUUGUGCUGUAAUAGCAGCAGCUGCCCACACUUGGCUUCUUUCCCUGCUUUCUGUAACCUAAAGGGAAGUAACUAUCACAUAAUCAAUUAGUUAAUUAACUAGCAAAGGGAUGUAGUACAUCAUUAUGCCACUUUGUGAUUCUACCCCAGUCCAGCCAAAUAGUUUCUUUACAAGUUAGGAUGAAUAUGGGCAUUUGGCUUUCUCAAAGGCUGUAGUAUCCUCAAUGCCCAGCAGAGGGCUUCAGCCUGACUACUCUCUCUUUCACCUACUUGAGCUUCCAGCAAUUAAUUGUAGGAUGGCAAAGGCCCUGGGUUCAAUACAGGUCUAGGAGUACACUAUAGCAGAAACUCCAACACUACUAAAAUUGUAAAAGAAGUUCAUCUCUGUUCUUGAGUUCCUAAUCCACAUAUGUAUGAUAGAUACGCCCUUGAUUUUUACACAAGCGGUCUAUACUGCAGCCACAUUUGUUUCAUUAUUCAGAACAAACAAAAGGUAAACCAUUUCUGAAAACAACUAUAACAUUAUCUGGCUCUCCUUCCUGCUUUCCCUAGGUGGUAAGUGAAUCAGGUGGGAGUUACAUGUCUAAGUAAGUCCCUUUUCAGGGAGCAAGGGACUAAAUCAAUUGGGACAAGGAAACAGGGAGAAGGGAGUUUGUCUUCCCUACCUCUUCACUAGCUGAUACAGCUGAGAAGCUGUUAGCCGAGUAUUAUGGAAUUCAUCUCUGCUACAGAUCUGACUCAUCCUGCAACAACAUCCUGUAGUCCUAGAAAGCAGGUUGAAUCUCCAUCUGUUCUAAGUCUGGCUCUCAACUCUUGAACUAUCUCAGAAGGUUGAGACACUGCUACAGCCAGCAGGAGUCUCAUCUGAAAAUAUCUGAGCAUAGGGGCUAUUGGUCUCUGUGGUCAGCAUGGCCUGGACCACCUGGUUCCACCUCUUUCUUUUUUUUUUUUUGCAGCCUUAAACUUGUGGCUGAACAGAAAUCUUUUUAAAGAACAAGAGAAACUUGGAGAUUUGUGAGGUGUUAGUAUACCCACAUACAGCUUUUCUUGGUCUCUUGCUGGUUUUCUCCCCUACCAUCACUUCCUCAAGGGGGAGGAGUUGUUAGGAAUACAAAGAUACAAUAUGUUUCCAGCAACUCUCCCCUGGAACUGAUGGUUCUAAAAUGGUAUCUCCCAGCCACCAUGACUGGUUUGUAUUGUGUGAUAUGGGACAUUGCACAGCCCUCCAAUUUGUGUUUCUGAUUCACUGCAGUGAGUGUAGACUCUGAAAGAUUGUCCUUAGGUUGUAGUGGUACAUCCCCCACCCCAAAUCCCCAUUUCUGGAUAAACUGAUGAUGUACACCUCUUCCCCAUCAACAUUUUAAAAUAAGUGAAAUCAAGUUUAAAUGAAUGAAAGGAGAACUGAUAGGGGGGAGGGGGGAAGUAACAAAAAAUUCAGCCUGUGUAUGUAAAAGGGGAGAAAUUAUCUUAGAAAUCAUAGAGCAUUUGAGUUGGACAGAACCUUCCAAAUAGAAGAAGCUCCAAUAUUAGUAAAAUAGUAAAAAAAAUUCACCUGUGCUCUUGUUUCCACCCCACAUCUGUGUAAUUUCUCUGAAGUCAAGCCUAGCCUCUACUUUAUAGAUGAGAUCAUUGAAGCCCCAGGUGAUGAAGUGACUUGCCCCAGGUCACCCAGCUAAUUAGCAGCUGAGCUGGAACUCUAAGGCAUGUUGUUUCCAAAUUCAGUACUCUUUCCACAGCAUGGUUUUCUCAGGCAUCAUCUAGUCCAGUCCCUCAUUUUAGAAACGUGGAAAAUGAUGUUCAAAGAUGGGAAAUUACUUGCUUCACUUCACACAGCUGUUUCUCACAACUGGUGAUGAUAGUGGGAGGGAAAUUGGUAGUUACCAGCUGAUCAUAUCAAUGAAUCCUCAAGUCUCUUUGUUUUUCGGAUUGUUUUUUCCUUGUUAAUUAUCUCCAGCUAUAUAAAGCCACCUCUUUUUCUCACUUCCAUUGUCUAAUCACCAGCUUCCCUGAAUCACUGCAGCAUGGUGCCUCAAAGCAGAGGGCCCAGGGAGACUUCUCCAAUAAGUCGUAUACAAGGUGGUCUCAUUCUGAGUCUGCAACAUUCAGAGAGACUCAGGAAGAAACCAUAAUGGUUAAAGUUCAUGGCGUUCUGGGAUUUAUAAAGAUGAGAAAUAUUGUGAUUUAUUUCUUUCUCCACACUACAAAUCAUGGCUUGAUAUUUAAGUAAGGCUGGGGAGGGCAACUCCUUCAGCCUCUAUGUAGGUUGUCUUUAGCUCAGUUGGUGGUGCUUGCUUAGUACUGGGGUUUCAAAGGAAAAAAGGAUUCUUAGUUAUACGAGUAGAGCUCUAUGCAUCCUAUUAAUAGGAGUUUAUUCAAAUGAGGUUUAUCUCUGUUUUGUUCAGCUGUGUUUUCUGGGACCACUCAACUGUACAACUUAUUGUUUGGGGCUGUUGCUCCUUGAGUAUUUGUCAGCUACUUCUCAAAGUCUCAUCUUUCUUUUUUGUAAAUGCCUUUCAAUAAAA